CUACUCUGGAACCACCCAUCAAAACACACGCAAACGACACUCGAGAGAUGUCUGCGAGGUGGGAGAAAUUGCACAUAUCAAAUCGUGCGCCUGCGCCACUUCUCCUUUAUAGAUAUACCCUUUUCAGAGAUGGAUAUGAGUUGUACCUGACCGAUCUCACGUAUAUUUGGUCCGAGCGUCCUAACCGCCAGCAUAUUCUGGGAAGAGCUGUUGAAGAUGAUGCGACAAUUGACCCCAGCCAAGACAUAGAUCAGUUCAAUAUUCUUUUGGAGAAACUAGGGGAGGCCCUACGCAAUGAUCCGGGAACCAGCACGGUGCUAAGGCGUGGACGGGAGAAUGAUACCCUACACCUGAUCACCACAACAAGCCUACCGGCCCCACUUGAGCCUUUGAAAUGGAACUUCUAUAUGGCGAGGGAGAAACAGCGCUUUUCAACUACUCAGCUGCUAAUUCCGCUGAUCAAGUCUGAGGCUUAUUUGGAGUUGCGCCAGCGGGAUCUAAUCGAAGUGGUUAAGAAGAAAGAUUGGCUGCUGUCAAAGCUAUUCGAUAAACUUGAAGCCGUCGGGUUUGAUCUCAGCACUAUCUUCCCUAGUAUCCCCGGACUCAGGACCAGCCACAAAGGUUCAGCGCAAUCACAAGCUGCCAAGUAUAUCAUUGGAGCGAGGCCUUUUGAUGAGGAAUCCUGGCUCGAUGAGAACAACGCGAUAACAGCCGAGACUGGAUUUGCGUCCUCCAUCCUGGAAGAAACAGAAGAUUCCAAUAUUGAUGAUAAUCUUCUGCUACUCGAGGAUCUAACGGCACCGUCAGAUGGAUGGUGGAGAAAAAUGUCCACAGCUAACAAUAACACCGAAGACGUAGAUGCCAGGACUCCAGAAGACUCGACAAAUAUGGACACUACGGACGGAGGCUUGGAGACUGAAGAUGAUUUUGACGAUGACGAUGAUGAUGAUGAGUUUGAGCGACAAGAGACCCCUCCGAGACUCAGACUUCAGCCAAACCACCAGACUCCCCCUUCGGGGCCAGAUGAGGGAACAACGACAGAAAGCGAAGACGACCUUGAAGAUCGAAAUGGGGGACCAAGUACAGCGAGGCCUCGAGCACCACAACCCACUUCAAGAGGCCUUGCAACGAUUGGAGGCAACAGAAAGCAACAAACGCAACCAGAAUCCCCCCAGACAUCACCAGCAUCAGCAGAUGUCGACGAAUUGGUAUCAACUCGCAAGGUCCCCUCCUCCCAAGCAGACAGCGACCAAACAGCCUCCGAUACAGACGACGACGACAACGACAAUCAUCCCUCUCCAUCACCCUCACCGCCGCCCUCAAACCGUCAAAGCAAGCCCCGCGGCAUAGGAAUGAUAGGUGGCAAGAAAGCCGAAAAACAAGCCUCUCCACCAUCAUCACCGAUACCCGAAUCCUCCAGUAAACCCCAGACAAAACCCCGCGUGCUGGGCGUCAUAGGCGGCAAGGGCAAAGCAAGACAAGCCUCCCCACCAUCAUCGCCGCCACCAGAAGCCGAAUCAUCGAGCAAACCACAGGCCAAGUCCCACGGUCUGGGGGUGAUAGGCGGCCGAAAGAGAGAAAGCCAACCCACGUCGUCGCCAGCAGCUACCGCAACGCAGUCCUCAGGACCUCCCUCUCCUGCACCGGCUCUGGACGAUCAACCCGCGGAGCGGGAGAAAGAGGAAACAGAAGAGGAGAAAGCGGACAGGAAGCGUGAAGAGCUGAAGAGACAGCUUGAAGCGAAGAGCAAGGCGCCUGUGAAGAAGAAGCGGAAGUUCUAAGCUCUAAGCUUCUUUUGUGCUCGAGCUAUCUCUUACCAGAUAGCGGAUAGGCUGGUGCUUGUCUCUUCAGACAAGAUUCUCAUGGGAGGUUCUUGAACAGAAUUCGAGUGCUUUCAGGGUGAUGAUGACUGUACAUACCAAUUCGAUCGAUCUUGGAGAGAAGGGGAGAGAUCUGGUCGAUAUUACAUAUUGUGACCGGUAUGAUGGAUAUAAGGGGAUGAUUUUUGGACAUAUUGCCUGCUUGCUGUACAUGUUGUUGGGGAGAAAGAGACAGAGAAGCGCUCGCUGUAUGUGGGUUUUUCCUAAUAGUUUUUUGAGUAGUUUCGAUGGACAAAAAGGUGGAGGAAAUUUCAUUUUCGUAUUGAAAC